AUGAGCCUGGGCAUGCGAAGAGCAGGUCCCACAGCCAAGGGUCUCUGGAAUGACAAGAUGGGGAGACCCCUCUCCGCCUCCCGCCGGCUCUCGGCAAACGUCUGGGUCCCCCCUUCAGACAGACGGGCCGCCGGGCCCACCCGCCCCUCCCUCCGCAGGCGUCACACCUUCUCACAAGGGAAGAGCGAGAUGAGGAGACAAGCUGGAGAAUGGAAGAAACCAGAAGCGGCCAAGGCAAAGAGCUCGGGGAAGGCAGCUUCCCUCCCAGGCUCCGCCCGCCGCUCAGGGCUGCUCCUGGCCCAGAGCUCGCUGCGUCUCUAA